AUGCGCUCACGAGAAACAGUGAAAUUCACAUCACCAUCAUCAUUACGCAUUCUCACAAAGGGAGGAGCUGGAAACAAACCAUUUCUUCCAAUCUUGUUAAUGCACGGAAUUUUAUGUGGAAAUAAUACAUUGAAGGCUUUAAGGGACAUGAUUAAAGAACGUGUUCCUCCUGGUACGAUUGUUUAUUCUAUUCCUUCGGAGGGAAUGGUUUCAUCAGUUCUGACACCAGUAUCUGCACAAUUGGAAGAUUUCAGAAAACAAAUUAAUAUUGUAAAGAAGAAUUUUGGAAUUACUGAUCAUCAUUUGAUUUGUCAUUCACAGGGUGGAUUGAUUUGUCGUUCCUAUCUUCAAACAACUCCUGAUCAUAAUGUGAAGGUGUUUAUUUCAUUGAGUGGAGUUCAAAAUGGUGAAUAUGGAGUUCCUGUCGGAUUUCAAUUUGAAGGUUUUUUGAAACAAAUGUUCCCAUUCUUGUUUAACACAGCCCUUGAAGAUGUUUACAAAAUUUUCUAUACUGCCAAAGAUGUUGAUUAUGCAAGAACAUUGAAUUAUAGAGAAAACAUGUUGAGAAUUGACAAGAUGGUUUUGACAGGUAGUCCACAAGAUGACAUUAUCGUUCCUUAUCAAUCUGCAUUAUUUGAAUUUUAUCAAGUCAACUCAACCGGAGGUUUGGAUAUGAUUCCAAUGGAACAACAACGAAUCUAUCAAAAUGAUGUCUUUGGAUUGAAAACCCUCAAUGAGGAAAAUAGAUUGGUAAGAAUUGUUGUACCAAAUGUUUAUCAUGUCGAUUGGCUUUACAAUCCAUCCCUUGUUGACAAGUGUAUGAUUCCAUAUUUGUAUUAA